CUCAAUAACUCUCAACCAAAGUACAUCGAAUAUUGAGUCACAGUGACUCCCUAACUUCGAUCAUAUAAAUACCCAAGAUUCGUAAGGAUUCUUCAGUAGACAGCAUUUACAUCUCAUACAACACAUUGAAAAACAAGCUCUCUUCUUCUGCACAAACAUCCUCAAGGGUCAUACUUCGCUUCAAGUCCACAGUUCAUUUACUUGUAAAGGAAAAUGUCACCAAUAUUCGAGUCGAGCUUUUCCAUACGCAGCAUACUCUCAAACGACGAAGACAAUAAGGAACUACCCUUACCGAUGCAAACCGACAUAAGACCGAAUUACACCUACUCCGCGUUGGUGACGAUGGCCAUACGGAGCAGCCCGGAGCAGAAACUAACAUUGAGUUGCAUCCAACAAUGGAUCAUGGACAAUUUUCCGUACUAUCGAAAAGAUCAACGCGGCUGGCAGUGCCAGAUUCGUCAUACGCUCACAACGAAUUCCUGCUUCAUGAAGAUACCACGUCCGCCAAACGAUCCCGGAAGCGGAAAUUAUUGGACCGUAAACCCAGAGGUAGAGUCUAUUAAGAAGAGUGCGUCACCUGGACUAACACUAGUCAGCCCAAAUGCAUUUGACUCCAAAUAUAACGUCAAUCAAGUAAUGGCACAGGGGGUGCCACAUCCACAAAUGCCAACGGCUAUAUAUUUUCCAACGUCACAAGAAAUUGAGCGGACGCAACAAAUGAUGAUGAAACAUGCGCUGCAAGAACAGCACGAAUGGUUCUUAUAUUAUAAUAAUACAACUAAUAUCACCUACUUUUUAACCAGUUAA